GCCGCUUAUGAUUCUAUGGUGUACAGUUACAAGCAUGGAUUCUCCGGUUUCGCAGCUAAAGUCACAGAAUCUCAAGCUCAGAAGAUUGCAGAGUUACCUGGAGUUAUCCGGGUUAUGCCCAGUCACUUUUAUUCUCUGCAAACAACUAGGAGUUGGGAUUAUCUUGGCCUCUCUCCUAGUUCUCCCACUAACCUUUUGCAUGACACAAACUUGGGAGAUGGAAUUGUCAUUGGCCUUCUGGACACAGGUAUAUGGCCAGAGUCAAAGGUAUUUAAUGAUGAAGGGCUUGGACCAAUCCCAAACCAAUGGAAAGGUCAGUGUGUAUCUGGAGAGAGCUUCAAUGCCUCAGCAGAUUGUAACAAAAAACUUAUAGGAGCAAAAUGGUACAUUGAUGGUUUCCUUGCUGAGAAUAAGCAGCCAUUCAACACCACUGACAGCCCAGAUUUCUUGUCCCCAAGAGAUGUUGUUGGACAUGGAACACACACAUCUACCAUUGCUGGUGGCUCCUUUGUGUACAAUGCCAGCUACAGAGGCCUUGGCCUGGGAUCAGUAAGAGGUGGAGCGCCCCGCGCUCGCUUGGCGAUGUAUAAAGUGUGCUGGAAUGUGCCAAGGGGGCAGUGCUCAUCUGCUGACAUAUUGAAAGCUUUUGAUGAUGCAAUUCAUGAUGGAGUUGAUGUUAUAUCAGUAUCUCUUGGCACCCAACUUCCUCUGUUUUCAGAGGUUGAUGACCGCGAUACGAUUUCCAUUGGUUCGUUCCAUGCUGUGGCCAAGGGUAUACCUGUUGUUUGUGGAGCUGCAAAUGAGGGGCCUUCUGCAUACACAGUUGAAAACACAGCACCAUGGAUCUUAACUGUAGCAGCUACUACAAUUGAUCGAUCCUUUCCUACACCUAUUACACUUGGGAACAACUUAACCAUUCUGGGUCAAGCCAUUUUUGCAGGAAAAGAAGUUGGUUUUACUGGUUUGGUGUACCCAGAGAACCCAGGACUUAUCCCUUCACUAGCUGGCGUCUGCGAGUCCCUUUUACUUAACAACACACCGGUGGCUGGAAAUGUAGUUCUCUGCUUCACAACAGUGGCCAGUAGAACUCCAGUAGCAACUGCGGUCUCCAGUGUUAGGGCAGCUGGUGGGGUUGGGGUUAUUGUUGCCAAAGCUCCUGGUGAUGUCUUAGGUUCAUGCAGCAAUGACUUCCCAUGCAUUGAAGUAGACUAUGAGCUUGGCACUCAGAUACUAUUCUACAUCCGUUCCACCGGAUCUCCAACCGUAAAAUUGAGCCCUUCUGCAACACUGGUUGGGAAGCCUGUAUCAACCAAGGUUGCCACUUUUUCAUCUAGAGGGCCUAACUCCAUUGCUCCAGCCAUACUCAAGCCAGACAUAGCCGCUCCCGGUGUGAGCAUAUUAGCUGGCAGUUCUCCCUAUGAUCCUUUCAUGGAUGGAGGAUUUGCCUUGCAUUCAGGAACAUCAAUGGCAACUCCUCAUGUCUCAGGCAUUGUGGCACUUUUGAAAGCAUUGCACUCCAAUUGGUCCCCUGCUGCAAUAAGAUCAGCCCUAGUAACAACAGCAUGGAAAACGGAUCCAUUCGGAGAGCCUAUCUUCGCUGAGGGGUCACCCCAGAAGGUUGCUAAUCCAUUUGAUUAUGGAGGAGGCCUUGUGAACCCAAACAAGGCAGCAGACCCUGGUCUCAUAUAUGACAUGGGCACAGAAGACUAUAUUAAGUACCUUUGUGCUGUUGGCUACAACACCUCAGCUAUCUCUCAACUUGUUGGACAAACCACAGCUUGUUCCAUGGUCAAGCCUUCUGUUCUGGAUGUGAACCUGCCUUCCAUUACAAUUCCAAAUCUGAGAGAAAAUAUUACACUCACCAGAAGUGUCACAAAUGUUGGUCCAGUCAACUCAGUAUACAAAGCUAACAUAGACCCUCCACCUGGCAUCAGUGUAGCUGUUAGGCCUGACACUUUGGUCUUCAACUCCACCAUUAAAACAAUUUCUUUCACUGUUGCAGUUUCCACCACCCACCAAGUGAACACAGGAUACUACUUCGGAAGCCUCACUUGGACAGAUGGGGAGCAUUUGGCGACAAGUCCCAUAUCUGUUAGAACACAAAUCAUUCAGUAUUAUACAGAUGGCAAUUGAAAAUCUAAUAAUCCAUGCCAGAAGGAUAACUAUGCAAAUUAAUGAUGGAGUUGUAAUUUGGCAUUAGAAUGUAAUAAUCAAGAUCUAAUAAAAUACUAUUAUAGUUUAAUAAGA